CAGUGCACCGCCAUUUCCUCUCUUUUAUGGUCUUUUUUUUAUAAAUGUUUUCCUUUGUUUCACACCAAAACUAAAGUCAACGCCGUCCUUUCUGCCUGUGUUUCAUUGUUUCUUUUUUCUUUUCCCAUUUUGCGUAUAAGAAAACAAAAUCGAACACAGCUGAGGUUUUUAUUUUGAAUUUGAAAGCUUUCGUUGAUGGCUGAGGAUUGGGAUCUUUAUGCGGUGGUGCGGAGUUGUACGUCGGUGGCUAACACCACCAGAGCUGUCGAAAAUAAUAAUAAUGAGAAUUGCAGUAGUUCCUUUGAGGACCCUUUGGCUUGCUUAGCGUCGUUGACGUUUGAGGAAGACGAUGACCCGUUUCCAUUUCCCAACCUUUCACAGCUCGCGGAAACCGGUCAUCUUCAAGAUUCUUAUAAACCUUUUUUGCCAAACGCCGACCCCAUCGCCGCCGCCGCCGCCAUAGAUCCCUGCUCGUCAAGUUCACACCACGGAGGAUCUAGCAGCCAACUUCAUCAGCACCAAAGGCUACAACACCAGCAAGAACAACCCGCCGCCACCGGGAUUGGCUCCCCGUUGACUCCCACCUCCGCUCCUCUUUUCACUUUCGCCGGAUUCGGAAAUCAGAAACAAGUACAACCCCAAUCCCACCAGCAGCAGCAGACACGAGCUCAGCCUCCGGUUCAGACCCCAAGAUCAAGAAAGAGGAAGAACCAGCAAAAAAGAACAGUAUGUCAUGUAACAGCAGAUAAAUUGUCGUCAGAUCCGUGGGCAUGGCGUAAAUAUGGGCAAAAGCCCAUCAAAGGCUCUCCUUAUCCAAGAAACUAUUACAGGUGCAGCAGCUCAAAAGGUUGUUCAGCUAGAAAACAAGUGGAGCGUAGUAAUUUAGAUUCCGAUAUCUUUAUAAUCACCUACACCGGCGAACACACUCACCCUAAACCCACUCACCGGAAUUCCCUCGCCGGCAGUACUCGUAACAAGCUUUCCACCGUUCAAAAACCCACCACAACCAAAGAUUCCGCCGCCGAAACCAUCCCUACCACCUCCACUGUUUCUUGCUCCUCUCCUCGCUCCGCCACGAGUCUCUCCCCUAUCUCUCCCACGACAACGCUUUCGGCACCCGAAGACACCGCCGCCGCCGUCCACAAAACCGGUGAUAAUGGAGGUGAAGAAGAAAGCGUUUACAUGGAUGUAGAAAGCGAUGAAGACGACGAUGAUCUUCUUAUCCCCAACGUACAUGUCGAUGAAGAUUUAUUCAAGGGAUUGGAAGAACUGGUUGGAAGUGGUAGUAAUGGAGUAGGAAUAGUCCCGACCUUUGGUGAUAACUUCUCGUCUUGGAGUACCGGUAACUCCGCUGCCGCCGGAGCCGCCGCUAGUGGUGGCUGUUAGAUAUUGAUUUUCAUUUUUAAUUAUUGUCGUCAUUUUUUUUUCGGUUUGGGUACAAAGAAAUUAAAAAUACUUCGAUUUUAAUUUUUUUUUCCUUUUUGUUAUUUCUCCCCAGGGAGAUAAAUAUGUAUGAUAAAGUGCAUAUAACAUCACAAAAUUUAUUCUAAA